AGUAGGAGAAAAAGAAUGGCCGCGCCGCAGCAGGUCCGCGCCGUGCCGCUCGCGCGCGCGCUCCGCCUCAGCACGCGCGUCUCCGCCUCCGCUCCGGCGAGGUCCGCCUCGACGCCGCCUCGCCGCGCGCUGCUCGGCCUCUCAGAGCCGGAGCUCCGGCAGCUCGCCGUCGACCUCGGCCAGCAAAGCUACAGGGGGAAGCAGCUGCAUGACCUCGUCUACAAGAACAGGGCCACGCAGAUUGAAGCAUUCGCAUACGUGCCGAAGGUGUUCCGGGAGGCGUUGGUUGGUGCGGGGUGGAGAGUUGGCCGGUCGCCGGUGCACCACGCCGUGACGGCCACCGAUGGCACCACCAAGAUACUUCUCAAGUUGGAGGAUAACAGGUUGGUCGAGACAGUGGGGAUCCCUGUCGACGACAAGGGCUCAUCUCGACUCACCGCCUGCGUUUCAUCACAGGUCGGCUGCCCCUUGCGUUGCUCGUUUUGCGCCACAGGGAAGGGAGGGUUUGCGAGGAACCUUCACGGACAUGAGAUCGUUGAGCAGGUAUUGGCCAUAGAGGAGUCGUUCAAACACAGGGUGACAAAUGUAGUGUUCAUGGGAAUGGGUGAACCCAUGUUGAACCUGAAAGCAGUUUUGGAGGCACACCGAUGCUUGAAUAAGGAACUAAAGAUCGGGCAAAGGAUGAUGACAAUCUCCACAGUAGGCGUUCCCAACACGAUAAAUAAGCUAGCAACUCACAAGCUUCAGUCAACACUGGCAGUCAGCCUGCACGCCCCAAAUCAGAAACUGCGCGAAACAAUUGUUCCAAGUGCGAAGGCUUAUCCUUUGGAAGCACUGAUGGAUGACUGCAAGAAUUAUUUCCUGGAAACUGGACGCAGGGUAUCCUUCGAGUACACUCUGCUAGCUGGGAUUAAUGAUGAAAAGGCGCAUGCUGAAGAACUCGCAGCGCUGCUGCAUGCGUGUGGAGGUGGUUAUCACGUGAAUCUGAUUCCCUAUAACCCCGUAGAAGGUUCUGAGUACAAGAGGCCUUACCGAAAAGCGAUUCAAGCUUUUGUCGAUGCGCUGGAAUCUCGGAAGAUCACAGUCAGCGUUCGACAGACCCGUGGGCUUGAUGCCAACGCAGCCUGUGGACAGCUCAGGAAUGAGUUCCAAAAGAAUCCACUCCUGGAAUCAUCUCCGCCAUCCGAGACCAACCAACCGCUUGAAUCAUCUCCACCCUCCGAGCCCAGCCUCGUUACUGCUUAGGCGCAGAGAUUUUUGUUCCUGCUUAGCGUGGAGAUUUUGCUUGAAUUAUGUAGGAAUUGAGCUAUUUCCUAUGAAAUUCUGCGUUCAAAAGCUUGAAUAGGCCCUGAAUGACUUAUCUAAUACGUAGAUCAUCGGCUCAUAAAGUGUAAGCUGAUUAGGGGGUCAGCCUUUUUUGGCUAAGGGCGUUAUUUAUAUCUGGCGUGAGAGGCCCUGUUAAUUGAGAUAUUAAGUGUUAAGUAUAGAACAGAUGUAUUCGAUGCAUGUUCUGUAGACUGGUGUAUAAUUUCUCCA